GGGGGGAGGCCAGAGAUCCGUGAGUUGCUCCUCAGUCCGGGAGCAGACCUGAAUCUGCGGAGGAUUUUUACCUUCGUGCGUAAAAGCGCGCCGAUGGCACAGCUGGACGCGCUCCGAGCAGCUCCUGAACACGCUCCAGUCUGAGUGCGGGGUCCUGGGGGGCGGAGAGGAGGAGGAAGCCUGCUCUCAUCUCAGGAUGGGACACCACAGCCGUCACCCGCCGCGAGCAUGAGCCACAGAAGCAGCCCGGCGCGCGCCUACGACUUUCUGCUCAAGUUCCUGCUGGUGGGCGACAGCGACGUGGGGAAGGGCGAGAUCCUGGCCAGCCUGCAGGACGGAGCCACCGAGUCCCCGUACGGCUACAACAUGGGAAUCGACUACAAGACGACCACCAUCCUCCUGGACGGGAGAAGAGUGAAGCUGCAGCUCUGGGACACGUCGGGGCAGGGCCGGUUCUGCACCAUAUUCCGAUCCUAUUCCAGAGGAGCACAGGGGGUCAUCCUGGUGUAUGACAUCACCAACCGCUGGUCGUUUGACGGCAUCGACAGGUGGAUCAAAGAGAUUGACGAGCAUGCCCCAGGAGUUCCUAAGAUCCUCGUUGGCAACCGUCUGCAUCUGGCCUACAAGCGUCAAGUGACCACGGAGCAGGCGCAGAUGUACGCCGAGAAACUGGGCGUCACCUUCUUCGAGGUCAGCCCGCUAUGCAACUUCAAUAUCACCGAGUCGUUCACGGAGCUCGCCCGAAUCGUGCUGAUGAGGCACGGCAUGGAGCGCCUGUGGAGGCCCAGUAAAGUGCUCAGUCUGCAGGACCUCUGCUGUCGCUCCAUCGUUUCCUGCACGCCGGUCCACCUGGUCGACAAGUUGCCCCUCCCACUGGCUCUGAAGUCUCACCUGAAGUCCUUCGCUAUGGCCAACGGCCUCAACGCCCGCAUGAUGCACGGACGCUCCUACUCCGUCACCGCCAGCGCCCACUACGGCGCCACCAAGAGGACUGGGGGGGCGCUGCUGAAAAAGCCCAAACUGAUCCGGGCGCCGCCCCUCAGCCCGUCGGCUCAGAGCUGCAGAAACAGCUGUAAAAUCUCCUAACGACAGUGAAGGCACCGCCUGCUCGAACAUUUGAAGAUGGCGGUUGGAAGUGAAGAAUCCCUCACCAGAACCUGAACCGCGCUUCAAACUUUGGUGUUUGGUGACUUUUGCUUUGCCACCUGUGAGCUGCAGGCAUCCAAUCAUAGGUGAGGUGACAUCACAUCGUUGGAAAACGACAGUGUCAGGAAAAACCCUCGGAGCACGUCAGCCCGAAGUCUGACAGUGUAACGUAAAGCUGCUCGAUACUCAGAAAACUGAGCGCGCGUUCUCAGCAGCCAAUCAGAGCUGCAGACGCUGAUUUAUUCUUCCUGCUUUCUUCUGGUUUUUGUUACUUUGGUAUUUUUUUAAUCUUUUUAAAUUUUUGAAACAGAUUUUUUUUUUUUAAUUUACAGAUUUUCUAAUUAAAAAAAACUUCCAGUCAGAUUUGUAAAAUUCAGAUUUCCUUCUUGAAUCGUUCAGAUGUGGUUUUUAGUUCCGACUCUUCUUCGUGAUGUGAUUUGAUCUGCGGGUGUGACAGUUUUCCACUCUGGGACUUUAUUCUUGGAAUUCUUCGGAGCCUCUGAUUUCAGACUUCAUGUUUGUAAGAUGAACUGAAACCGUGACCUUUGACACUUCCUGCGCCACAUUUCCACUUGAGCGCUGAGCUUAAAUAUGUUUCCUCACCUGGACUCACCUGUACAUAGAAGCACUUUGAAGCUGUACUUUUGCACAUCAUUCUUCUUCUUCAGACACACAAACUUUUUGUGUGCGAUAUUUGUACGUGUUGUAAAUACGCCUGUUUGAUAUGAAGCUGAGGAUGAUGAUGGUGAUGAUGAAGCUGACCCCUGCAGCACGCGCUCAGGAGGUGACUGUAAACCGUCAGUGUUUCAAUAAAGUUUGUCCACGUCACAGCGUGCA